AAACGCUGGACUCAGCUGCACAGAGAAACUGCUGCCUGUCAGGCUGACUGAGGACCGACAAACUUCACACAGCAGCCCAGCACCGCGUCUCACCUAAAACACCGGGAGGGAAGAAGAGUUGGGUUGAGAUAUGAGACUGGGCAUGACGGUGCGGGCCAAACCGAGGGUGUAGCCACAUCUGGCAGAGACUGCUGAAGUAAGCAGGAGCCUCAGCACACCAAACCAUCUACUGCAGCAGGGACGAUGGGAGAGACGGAGGAGGAGAGGGAUAAUGUGGGGAAGCUGUUUGAAAACUUUGUGCAGGCUUCGACCUGUAAGGGAACCCUCCAGGCCUUCAAUAUCCUCUGUAGGAAGCUGGACCUCGACCCCGCAGACAAUGACACCUUCUACAGCAGCCUGAAGGCGAAGGUGACCUCCUGGAAAGCCAAAGCACUGUGGAGUAAGCUCGACAAGAGGAUGUCCCAUAAGGAGUACAAGAAAGGCCAAGCCUGUGUCGGCACCAAGUGCCUCAUCAUCGGAGGAGGCCCCUGCGGCCUGCGGACAGCCAUCGAGCUAGCUUUGAUGGGUGCCAAAGCAGUGGUAAUCGAGAAGAGAGACUCCUUCUCCAGGAACAACGUGUUGCACCUUUGGCCUUACACCAUUCAUGACCUGCGGGGCCUCGGGGCCAAAAAGUUUUAUGGCAAAUUCUGUGCUGGCGCCAUAGAUCACAUCAGCAUUCAGAAGCUGCAGCUGGUCCUGCUGAAGGUCGCCCUGAUUGUUGCAGUUGAGUUCCACAUCAAUGUGGAGUUUGUCAAGCUGCUGGAACCUCCAGAGGAUCAGGAAAAUGAAGGGCUUGGGUGGAGGGCUGCAAUCCGACCGGCUGAUCACCCCGUGGCUAACUUUGAUUUUGAUGUCGUGGUGGGGGCGGACGGACGCAGGAAUACUCUGGAAGGUUUCAAAAGGAAGGAGUUCAGGGGGAAGCUGGCGAUCGCCAUCACAGCUAACUUCAUCAACAGGAAUACCACUGCAGAGGCCAAAGUAGAGGAGAUCAGCGGUGUGGCCUUUAUCUUCAACCAGAAGUUCUUCCUGGACCUCAAAGAGGAGACAGGUAUUGAUCUGGAGAACAUUGUGUACUACAAGGACAACACGCAUUACUUUGUUAUGACUGCCAAGAAACAGAGCCUGCUGGACAAGGGAGUCGUCAUAAAUGAUUAUGUAGACACCCAGAUGUUGUUGAGCAGUGAAAAUGUCAACCAGGAAGCUCUUCUGUGCUACGCCCGUGAGGCUGCUGACUUUGGCACCAACUACCAACUUCCCACGCUGGAUUUUGCCAUGAACCACAGCGGGCAGCCAGAUGUAGCAAUGUUUGACUUUACAAGCAUGUACGCCUCUGAGAACGCUGCUCUGGUCAGGGAGAGAUUUGGACACCAGCUGCUGGUAGCACUGGUUGGCGACAGUCUGCUAGAGCCAUUCUGGCCAAUGGGGACCGGUUGUGCCAGAGGCUUCCUGGCUGCCUUUGACACGGCCUGGAUGGUAAAGAGCUGGGCUCAGGGUCGGACAGCUCUGGAAGUGCUGGCAGAGAGGGAGAGUAUUUACAGGCUGCUUCCACAGACAACACCUGAAAACAUUGCCAAAAACUUUGACCAGUACACCAUAGACCCUGGGACUCGAUACCCCAAUCUCAACUCCUCCUGUGUCAGGCCACACCAGGUGCGUCACUUGUACAUCAGUGCAGAGCUGAAUCCCUGCUCUCUGGAGCGUGCUGCAACCAUACGUCGACCCGUCAAUCUCUGCAGACGAGAGUCAGAGAUCAGACCGGCGAGGCUUCUUACCUGGUGCCAGAAACAGACCGAGGGCUACAGGAAUGUGAUGAUUACAGACUUGACGUCUUCUUGGAGAAGUGGCAUCGCCCUCUGCGCCCUCAUCCAUAGGUUCAAACCUCAGCUGAUAGAUUUUGACUCGUUAAACGAGGAAGACCACUCAGCAAAUCUCCAGCUGGCUUUUGACAUCAGUGAGCGUGAAUUUGGAAUCCGAUCAUUCACAUCUGCGAAGGAGCUGAGUGUCGACCAGGAGCUGGAUAAAACCAGGAUGAUCACCUACCUGUCCAAGUUCUACGAGCUGUUCCGAGGCACACCUCUACCUGCCUCAGGACCCAGAGGAGUGGAUGAAAACAAUGAAGAUUAUCCAUCUAAGGACGUCAGAAGUAAUAAUAAUGUGCUCAAUCUUGCACUACCCAGAAAACGGGUACCAAAGGAUGAAAAGAAGUCAGACGGUACAGAUCCCAUCUACAAAAGGAGGCGAAAAUUCUGUUAUUUGGAGGAGGCCACCAAUGUGUCGAGUAAUGGCUCAGCAGUGCGAGAGGACCGAGAGCCCAAGGAAAACAAAGUGCGCUCAAUGGCUACUCAGUUGCUGGCCAAGUUUGAGAGCACACCGAGCUACACCAUGCGGAAAACACAGUCAGACUGUGAGUCGUCCUUCCCGCUGAAAACUCUUGAACUGGCUGAGAGUGUGCACAUUAAAUUCAGGCCUCCGGUCCCACCUAGACCUCCUCCUGAGAUUCAGUUUGAAAUGAGCAUAAGAAAAGCAGCAGCGCACUUAGUGCCUCCAAAGACUCUGCCCAAACCCCAGCCUCAGUCCCAGCAUCCAUUUUCUGUAGUGAAGCUCAGACAUGUUGAUCAAACACACGCUGAGGCGAAGCCCCAACCUCAGCCGGAGAGCGCAGACCCCCCUGCUUCUACUCCUUCCUGCCACUCAGCAAUCCAUUUCAUGCAGAGAGUCCUCCAGCGCCUCAGGGAGGUGGAUGAACACGUCUGUGAGAAAAAAGCUCAGACCCAACAGGCUAGAGAGUUUCAAGCAAAGAGUAUAAAGGAAAAGGCUGUUCACCUGAGUGGGUUGUUCUCAGCAGACAGCUCUGCUGCACUAAAGGGCGGCUCAGUAAGAAGGGCGUUCCUACCAUCAGGUGACAAGUGUCAUUCAUGCGAGAGGCGUGUUUAUAUGGUGGAGAGGGUCUGUGCAGAGGGUCUGUUCUUCCACAGGGAAUGUUUUCGCUGUUCAACUUGCAACUCCGCCCUGCGACAAGGAGCACAUGCCUUCGACUCUGAACGUGGGAAAUUGUACUGCAAACUUCAUUUUGAUCAACGCAACAAUGGGACAAACCUACGGAGGAAUUUAUCUCUACGCUCAAACCGUUAUGGAGCUGAAGUUCAGGAGCAAUGUGCUAGUGAUGGACAGAGCUCCGAGUCCAGCAGCACGGAAGACCUGCAGAGUCAUUCCUCAGCAGAUCAUUUUUCUCUUUUCCUCUCGCUCAGCUGAAGCCUUUUAUGAAGUGUGUGAGCCAGCUGGAUGGUUUUAAAGGUGAUCACCUGCAUGGUCACGUGGUCAUGUGUCAUAACUGCGAUGUGGCUGUAGAUACUUAUGAUAAAUAACUGACCCAAAGUGUCUGAAAUGACUUAACAUCGCUGAAUUGAUUAAAAAUGUUUGAAGUGACACUAAACUAUGGAAUGAACUGGUACUAACUACGCCUGGUUAAAGAGCUAUUUUGUUAGUUAUUUAGUGAAUGGAAUGAAAUUGCAGUUCAGCUUCAUUGUUAUGAAAGUAUCAAUAUGAAAGGAAGGUAAAAUGUUUUAUUCCAGACUCUUUUGCGCUUUCACAAUUUUCUUCUCAACUUUUCAAAUCAAAUUCAGCAUGAAAUACCAAUUGACUGACUUGUUCUAUACGUAUGAACCAACACAGGUACAUUCAGUAGAUGUUUUGCAGCUGACCUUCCUCAGCAGAUGGAGCUGCACACUGACAUGGUUUUGUAGACGUUCAAAUUUUCAUUUCUCAGAGACCUUCCAAUAAGCACUUAAAGAAACUAUGAUUUCAAGUUCAAUAAUACACUUUGAGGCUUAAAGCCACCAUGAAUGAGGGGUCCUUAAAGUGCUGCAACUGGGGAGAUUUUGUCAGCUUCUGUUUCCAGCGUCAAUAUUCAGCUGUCAGAUUCAACAGUUUACCAAUAUAAUGUUGAAUGAUGAUGUAAUGAUGUCAAAAGAGCCAAAGAUGAGUUUUAAAAGAGGGCUCAACUGAUUUCACACAUUAAAGUCUAUUUACAGGUCUUGAGAAGAACUUACUUUGUCUACUACUUUAUAUGUGAAGCUAGUUGCAUUAAACCUUUAGACUAUGCUCAAAAUGCAGCUCUUAGUGCGGAGGUGUGACACCGGGUCUGUGAAAAAAAGUGAACUUAUCAGACCUCUGUAGUUUGCACUCAUCUGAGGCUGCUGAGGCUACUGGCCUAGCCACUUUAAGUAUUUCACAAACCUAAAUCUCCAAACUGUCGGCGGUCAAGAUGUAUUGUGGGUAAUAUAGGCAUCAGGUUUUGGCCAAGGAAGGAGAACGUGUGGAAUAAAAAAAGACUGUAUCUCUGGUUCUGCUGCUUCGAUGCUGAUCCCUUCUCUUCAUCGUGACUCCGUCAGCGUUGUAGGAGUAUCAGGCUGACUCGGUGGCGUUCUCUUCUAAGACCCUGAACAUUAAAUAAAAACAAACUAAUGUUGUUGGCUGUGCUGUCAAUCUCACCUUGUAACAGAGAAAAAGAGAGCAUUGGUCUCUUUCACAACAGCCCGGAUGAAUAAAGGUUAAGAAUUCUUUUAUUUGUGCAGUCACAUUUUCAGGAUGAUCUGACAAUAACAGCAACGGACCACUUAAUGUUUCCAUACAGAGGAUGAUUAUGGCACCAUUUAGAGAGACGUUCUCUUUCAGUAUGUGCAUUGGCCUCUAUAACUUUAUUAUUUCUCUGCACAACAGAAUGAUAAAUACCUGGUUUCUACAACACAUUAGUGGCAUUUUUCUUUCUUCUCUUAAGAAACUUAAAUGGAAAAGUAUCUGCGUGUUGUAAGAAACUGUUCAGGGAUGCACUUAGAGGACUGAACUUCCAUUGACUUGAGACAUUUGCUGUGAUACAUGACUCUUAAAAAGUCCUUGACUCCACAAAACCAGCUUAUAUUCUGUUGAAACUUCUGCACUCUCUUUGCUUUGAGAGUAAAUAUUGAAGGUUAAUUACACUUUUGAAAAGACGAUGUCCACCAUUUAAUAUUUCUAUUGUGACUUCUGCUCCCUCUAUUGUUACUGUAAAUAAUGAUAAUAAUAAAAGGUGUAGAGAUAUGUAAACACCAAAUCCAUCACAGUGGAUGACUGUGCCAGUGAACUGUAAUAAAUACAGAAGUUAUUCCAUUCAUCUCCUCAAUGUUGUUCAAGUCAAAGGUGAAGACACCUGGGUGCAUAUUUUCAAUCAUUUUUGCCUGUAAUGUUUAGCGGAAAGCAAAAUGUAAACCAGAAGCUCCUGUUUAUUCACCAAAAUGCUCAUUUAGCUCUACUCUUUGACACUCUACAGCAAACUGACACAUACCUUCACUAAUGAAUGAUCUCCUCUACGCUGUGUUGUUCCUUUGUCAGCUCGACACUUACAGAUAUACCGAUACAUCUCUUUUGUUCCUCUGCUCUUCUUGUCCCUCAAUUUGCAACAUAAAAUCUAACUCUUUUGGCAAUACUUAAGAGGUUUUUAGCCUUUGAACGCUUGUUGUAUGAUCACAAAAUGUGAAUGUUACAAUAUGUCCUUGUAUACUCUACAUUUGAAAAUCUCGAAGCAAAUGUUGAGGCCAAAACAUCAUUUUAUAUAGUUAGGAGACUGGCUCCACAAAAAGAUAUUUGUCUAUUUAUCCAAUUAAAUCUAAAGACCAAUCUGUUUUUAAUGAUGAUUUUAGAAUCAUCUGCCUGAAUAAGUUUCUCUUCUUAUAUGCUCUUAACAUUUUCAUGAAUUCACAAUACUUUUAGUAUUAAAUGUUACAUCUUAGACAUCCUGAACAAUUCAAAGAUAUGCAUAAAAUGAUCUGAAUGAGCUUGGAAAAUAACUUCUUAUAUAUGAUAUGUCUUCCUCAAUAUGUAAUAUAAGAUACUUAUACUAUGAAUUGAUGCAGAAUAUGCACAAAUUGCUGCAUAAAGAGUGAAGCAGGUAAUUAUGGGCUCAAAAUCUGUCUUUUAAUUUUUGUCUUUUAAAUUCAGCUUGUACUUUAUCUUUUUACUUAUCUUCUAUUCUGCCCGUCUUCUUCUUCUUCUUCUACUUUUUCUUCUAAAUAUUAUUAUCAGUGUUCUGUGUCCUCUGCCUUUUUUGUUACUGUAUAUUUCAAUUACAUUUGUGCCUCGAAUCUCCUAUUUAAUUCUGCUUUAACUCUUGUCUGACCUUUGUUUGGCAUUAUUGACUAACUUCGAUUGUUUUAUUAACUCUGGGGUUUAUUGUAAACUGUGUUUUUUAAGGUGCUAUAUAAAUAAAGUUAUUAUCAUUA